AUGCAUUUGAGAGGCCCCUGGGUGAUCGUGUGGGACUCCACCGCGAUCAUCCAUCAGCCCGUAGAAUUUGUUUCUGCACGCAGAGUGCGCAUGACAGUAAAGGAAGUGGGGCAGACUUUGAUUGGCUGCGGAAAUCUUGUCGGAGGUUGGCGCACAGUAUAUAAAGCUCAGCAGAAUUCCGAACAGGUACGCAGGUCUGAAAACAUCCGACUGACAGGACAAAAGAUGUUUACACAGGGACAGACAUUCCUGGAGAGGGCUUUUCUGCCGGCAGUGACGAUGCUGCUCGUCCUGACUACGGCUCGGUCAGCAUCACCUGCAGCCCUGAGCGGCAGCCUCAGGACCACCACAGCUUCUCCUGCCUCAAACCUCUCUCUGACCACUCGGAUCACCACUGCAGCAAACAUGGAAGACCCUCUGGUCAAGAGGUUACACACACCGUGCGCAACUGAAUAUUCCGCAUAUUGUGGAAACGGUGGCACGUGCAUGAUUCCUCAGGAUAGCAACAAACCCUCCUGCAUCUGCGCCCCCUCCCACGGUGGACCGCGCUGCCUGGACUUCAGCGAGGUCACUUACUCCCUGCCCGAGAUGGAGGAGGUGAUCGCCAUCACUUUUGGGGUAAUCAUGGUCAUCCUCAUCCUGGCCGUUGUCAUCUCUUGCUGUGCCUAUAAAAGAUGUGUGAAAUCGGCCCCCCUGAUCAAGUCGUCAUCGUCGGAGACCUCCGUGUGAUCUCAUCAUCUUCACCUUUGCUGCCGUCACCAUUUCAAGUCUAAAACUCCUAAACUGGAUUCGGCUUCACCGAGGCUAUUUGACACCAUUUGAACGAACUCUUGCUGGAAUGGAGAUCUGACCCAGGGGAGGCCGAGCUCCAUCCCACCUGAUGGAGCACUGUGUGCUGAAAAGGCCCGGUCACUGCGCGGCGUUGCUACUGAAAGAAAGAGUUUGGCCACAGACACCUAUUUAUUGUUUAUGUUGUGAUAAUUAAAUUAUUUGUUUUCAGUUGUAUUUAAAUUUUUACACAAAAUAAAUUCAUAAAAAUGGUAUCUCUGUGUUGCUUGAAUUUCUGUGCUCACCCAUCUUUGUGUUUGCGAGUCAUUAGUUUGGUGGUUGGGGGGGGCGGCGUGUAGUUUGCUGUUAUUAUUUGAACAGUAAGGACCGUAAUACGAAACAUUAAACUUAGAAUUCAAA